UCAAGCGGCUGAAAGAGACGAUUCGUCGUCAGCGUCAGAGACUUUGAGCUUUAUUUCAAAUGUCCAUUAAAUGUGAUCUAGUCAGGUUGAUAGAUUCAAGUCAGAACCAGAUCAGUGAGGAUCAACAGAAGACAACAUGUCUACUGGGACAUCUGCAUCACUCUGGUUGACUUUACUGAGCGUCGUCCUGUCUGUCUUUACAUUUUCCCAGCAUGCCCUGGCAGGUGUGGUGGAGGUGAAUGAGGAGGCGGAGUCUGUCCUGAUACCCUGUCAGUAUUCAGGUUUUUUACCUGUGGACAACCCCACAGUGAUUUGGACCCGGAACGAUCUCAGUCCCAAAUUAAUCCACAAACGAGGAGAAACAGAUGAAUUUAAAGGUCAGAACCAGGAUUACAGGGGGAGGACAUCGAUGACACCUGAUGCUCUGGACACUAGAGACUUCAGCCUCACUCUGAGAAAACCCCACCUCUCUGACAGCGGCAACUACACCUGCUCCAUCAGUGAUGGGAGAGAAGACCGGAGAGUGACAGACGUACAUCUACAGGUCAAAGUUUCCCAUCAUACCCUGGCUGUGGAGGUGUUGGAGGGGGCGGAGUCAGUCCUGUUGCCCUGUCAAGACUCUUCUGUUCCUCUGUCCCCCACGGUGGAGUGGAUCCGCUACGACCUCAGUCCUUCAACCGUCCACCAGCGUCAGACGUCAGGUGAUCAACUGAAAAACCAAAACCAUCUUUACAGCGACCGAACCUCCAUGAAGACGGACGCUCUGAGCACUGGAGACUUCAGCCUGAAUCUGAGGAAACCCCGCCUCUCUGACAACGCAACCUACAUCUGCUCCAUCAGAGCGUUUGGAAACGAACGGAGACUGGCAGCCCUACAGCUGCUGGUCAAAGAACCACCUCCAGUCUGGCCUAAAGUUCUUGGGGUUCUCCUGUUUCUCCUGGUAGUUGUUCUUGGUGUCGUUGGGGGUCUUUUGUUUCAUUGUCGACACUACUUCAUGUCAGUCCUCCAGGUGGAGGUGGAUUCAGGGGCGGAGUCUGUCCAGCUGCCCUGCAAAACCAUAACUCGCCUUCCUAAAGACACUAGAGUGGUGUGGACGGAUGGAGACAACAGGAAGGUCCAUGUGUAUGAGAACGGUUCUGACCGUCCUGAAGAACAGAACCAGAUUUAUAGAAACAGAACGAAGAUGAUGAAAAAUCUGAAAACUGGAGACCUCAGUCUGACCCUGAAACACCCCACAGAUGGAGACACCGACACCUACAUCUGUAGAGUCUACGACAAGGAGAGAAAGAUACUGAUGAAGAAACAAGUGAAGAUCAAUGUAAAAGUCCUCCAGGUGGUGGAGGUGGAUCCAGGGGCGGAGUCUGUCCAGCUGCCCUUCAGAACCACAGAGCUGCCUGGAGACACUAGAGUGGAGUGGAUGGACGGAGACAACAGGAAGGUCCAUGUGUAUGGGAAUGGUUCUGACCGUCCUGAAGAACAGAACCAGAUUUAUAGAAACAGAACGAAGAUGAAUGAAGACCUGCUGGAAACUGGAGACCUCAGUCUGACCCUGAAAUACCCCACAGAUGGAGACACCAACACCUACACCUGUAGAGUCUACGACAAGAAGGGAAAGAUACUGAUGGAGAAACAAGUGGAGCUCAGAGUGAAAGACAGAGUCCAGGUCCAGGAUGUAACAUCUCCUCUUAUGGCUGAAGAGUCAGUUUGAUCAGGUUGUUGAUCUUUGAUCAUUGAUCAGUGAAGGAUCUGAUGGACGAUGGAUGAAGAGAGGAGGACGCUCUGUCAGCUCCUGGUCCUGGUCUGAAGACUCUUUAAGGAUCAGGGUUGGUCAACAUGUUUUCCUCGUUGCUCCUAGACUAUAGAUGUUUGUCCUGAUCAGCCGAACACUGAGGACAGAUUUAAAUGAGUCUUUCAAAACAAACAUUUAAAACAGAUGAAGAGACAGAAGACUGCAGCCUCCAGAGGAGAGAGUGGAGAGGUUACUGCUGGAAUUACAGGGUUAACCAGGAAACCACACACA